AUGCCACGAAGAAAAUCUGCCAUGAAAAGAACAGACGCCAGUACCAGGACAGAUGACAGCAAGAUGGAUGCGGAAGCCGCAGAACUUGCCAGGCUGCAGAGACAGUACAGAAUCAUGGAGAGAGACACACAGGCCUACAAAAUUCAAGCUCGCAAGCAAAUCCGCAAACAAGAACAGGAGAUAGAGAAGCUGUUGAAGGAGCAGGAGGAGCUGCAACGUAACCUGAGAGUUUGCGAGAGCCGAGGCAGACGGCAGCAGGACCAGCAGGAGGCGCAAGAAAUCAGGAAUUUACUGGACCAGAUUCAACUCGUGGAUGAGGGCUUGGACAAACAGAAGGACAGACAGAGUCAACUGAAGCAGGAGAUUUCUGGUUUAGAGUUGAAAAUAGAGGAGGCGAGGAGGGAAGAGGUGAGCCGAGGAAACAAUCCCAAGACUGAGGCUCGGCAAACUCGGAAAGCCAUCCGCACUUUAGAGAACAAACUGGACAGAGCUUCGACUCGAUUAAGUGAACAGCUGACAAAGAACAGGGAGCUGAGAGAGGAUAUCCAACAUCUGCUCAUUGAAAGAGACCGCUUCCAGCAGCGGAAGAAGAAACUGACUAAGGAGCUUCAAGAAGUUCGCAAAAAGAUUGGGGAAGCCGUCGACCAAUCCACAGCUGCUUAUGACGCAAGAGCGGAGGCCCAGGCUAAAAUUAGCCUGAUGAAAGAGAAGAGAAUUACAGAUCUAGCUAUGUACAACAACAAGAUGGAGAAGCUGCAGAGGAAGAUUUCACACGACCACAAGUGCAAUUCAUUUAUGACAACCAAGUGCAAGGACCGUCCCAGCGAUGGCGACCAAAAACAGGUGUCAGAUGUGAAAGAGCUGCGGAGGAUGGACUCUUUAGGGGAAGAGUCAGAGGAGACUCUGAAGGAAGUGUUUGAAAGUCUUCAGAAGAUCACAGGCGAAGACAACCUGGAAGUAAUGGUGGCAAAGUUCCUUCAAGGUGAGGAGAGGAACUUUGCACUCUUUAAUUUUGUAAAUGAGCAAAACAAGGAAAUUGAAGCUUUGAGGGAGCAGAUCAACCAGAUUGAAGAGGAGAUGGAGAAGUUCAGAGUGGAGGGCCUGUUGCAGGAGCAGAAUCACAGUAUAUUGGUUCAAGAACUUGACAACCAACAAAAGGACAUUUUAUCUCAAGCUGAAGAGUAUGAAAAUAAAGCAGAUAACAAAAGGAAAACACUGGAUCUUGUUAAAACAGGGAUCAACAAUAUAUUCACUAUACUGAACUUUGACCAAUCCAUGAUAGAAGACAUUUUGGGCUCAAGUGGAAUCAAUGACAAUAACAUUAUGGCCUGUUUGAGUCUGAUUGAGCAGAAAACCGACGAGAUGCUCAGUAUGCGGGCAUAUCUUCAGUCCAAGGACCUUGAAAAAGAUUGCAAUCCCAAAGACUUGGCUAAAUUUCUUCUUGGCCAGAAUCCAGUACUGCUGGAAGAGGUGGAUGCUGCUCAGUCUACCAUCAACAGUGUCAACUACACAGAAGAGCUUAACAUUGCUGAAGAUGAGGAAAGGCCGCUGUCCAAAGGAGAACUGCGUAGAAGAAUUAUAAAUGAGGUCAAGCAAAAAGACACUUCACCUGGACAAAUGGCAAGAAAAAGCUCCAAGACCAGUUUGCAGAGCAGCAGCCGACAGCAUUCACUGGAGGACCCCCACUGUGAUCCUAGUCUGUCAUUACACUCUCUCCAACCAAACGACCAACACAAAAAUGACACAAAUGUUUAG